UAACCUGAGGCAUGGAGACAGUAAUUUGGGAGACGAAGCCUCGUGCCUAAGGCGCCCUCGGGUUCAUUGCCCGGGGCUCAUGUCGGAGGAGUGCGGGCGGACGGCAGCCCCGGCGGCCGGGAGGACCCGGAAAGGCGCUGGGGACGGGGGACUGGUGAGUCCCGAGGGAGCGGGCGACGAGGACUCGUGCUCUUCCUCGGCCCCGCUGUCGCCGUCGUCGUCGCCCCGGUCCAUGGCCUCGGGUUCCGGCUGCCCCCCUGGCAAGUGUGUAUGCAACAGCUGCGGCCUGGACAUCGUGGACAAGUACCUUCUUAAGGUAAAUGACCUUUGCUGGCAUGUCCGCUGUCUCUCAUGCAGUGUCUGCAGGACCUCCUUAGGAAGGCAUACCAGCUGUUAUAUUAAAGAUAAAGACAUUUUCUGCAAACUUGAUUAUUUCAGAAGGUAUGGAACUCGCUGCUCUCGAUGUGGGAGGCACAUUCAUUCUACUGACUGGGUCCGGAGGGCCAAGGGAAAUGUCUAUCACCUGGCAUGCUUUGCCUGCUUUUCCUGUAAAAGGCAGCUUUCCACGGGAGAAGAGUUUGCUUUGGUGGAAGAGAAAGUUCUCUGCAGAGUUCAUUAUGACUGCAUGCUGGAUAAUUUAAAAAGAGAAGUGGAAAAUGGUAAUGGGAUUAGUGUGGAAGGUGCUCUACUAACAGAGCAAGAUGUUAAUCAUCCAAAACCAGCAAAAAGAGCUCGGACCAGCUUUACAGCAGAUCAGCUCCAGGUUAUGCAAGCACAAUUUGCUCAGGACAACAACCCAGAUGCACAGACCCUCCAGAAGCUGGCAGAAAGGACAGGCUUGAGCAGACGUGUGAUACAGGUGUGGUUUCAGAACUGUAGAGCACGCCACAAGAAACAUGUCAGCCCCAACCACUCUUCCUCUACCCCAGUCACUGCAGUCCCACCCUCCAGGCUGUCUCCACCUAUCUUAGAAGAAAUGGCUUAUUCUGCUUAUGUGCCCCAAGAUGGGACAAUGCUAACUGCGCUACAUAGUUAUAUGGAUGCUCAUUCACCAACAACUCUUGGACUCCAGCCCUUGUUACCCCAUUCAAUGACACAACUGCCAAUAAGUCAUACCUAAUUCCUUUAUUCAGGGAUAGAAUGAUUAAGGAUAUAAACUUGUCAUCUAUUAUGUAUAAAAUAUCAUUGGAAAGUUAUUAAUGUUAAUUUUUUUAUUUAACAUCCAAAGCAUUUCUAACAUCAUUUUGCUGCCCAGGUAUGUAUCUCUCUAGUUGGCCUGCAAGACACUUUUAUUGUUUCUUUUUUUUUUUUUUGUAAAAUUUAUGUUUACAAGAAGAAAGCAAGUAAAUUUUUUUUUGUUUUGUCUGGAAAUAGUUCACUCUAGUGUGUAUCUGUUAAUUUAUUUGUCAUCAGAAGAGCACUUUGCCUAAAAAGAAAGGACUGACAAGUGUGCAAAAUGUUUACAAUCCUUUGUGAAAUUGUAGUUUAUCAUUAGUUUGUAUCUGUAAGUUAUUGUUAUAAAAUAUUACCUGUAUUUUUUGUUAUAUACAACUUUAUACUUUGAAGCUUGUAUCUGUGAAUUUGCAACUGCAAAUUAUUUUGCCCAUGUUUUCUGAACGAACUGAAUAAAGCUUCUGUUGUAGCAUGCCAGGCAAACACAUUCUUGUGUUUGUGGUUGAUACGUUAUGGUUGUAAAUAACGCUAUAGUUUGAUAAGCCUCCUAUUCUAAGUUUAUUAAACAUUUUUCAUUCUUGUGAAAGUUUCAA